CCUCAAUAUGUGGUAGAGCUUCGGGUUUUGCUCAUGGUGAGGAUGGAUGCUCCUUUUGGUUUGGGCUGAUGCUUGUGAGAAUAUAGCAGUGUUUUCCAUCAGGCUCCAAGUGACCCUGGCUUAUUAUGCCAAAGAUUUGGGUGGAAAAGUGAAGUUCUGUUUUAGUUGCAUGGAUGAGAGGACUUUAUAUCUACUGAAGAUGCUUCAUAUACUAAUAUGAUGUGAUUUUUUUUGUCAGGUUCUAUUUUCUUAUAGAAACUAAACAUGCCUAAGGAGAGAAGAGAUAGGUCUGUUUCUUUUGAUAGGAGCAGAGCUUCUCCUUAUUCUUGUAGCUCGAGUCACUCAAGGCAAUCGUUGUCCAAAAACCCUUUGGAAAAUGAGGAAAAUGUGAAGGACUGGGAAGAUGCUCGAUGCCCAGUGUGUAUGGAACAUCCUCAUAAUGCUAUUCUCCUUCUGUGUGCCUCUCAUGAGAAGGGCUGUCGUCCUUUUAUGUGUGACACAAGUUAUAGGCAUUCAAAUUGUUUUGAUCAGUUCAAAAAGUCGUUUGAAGAAGCUUCAGCAUCAACAACACAGCAAGUGGAGAUCCCAACUUCAGCUUCUAUUACGGAAUCUACUGUAGUGUUAUCAGAAGCUCUGUCUGAACUGCCAGGUGAAAGAACUGAAGGUGGUUCUAUAUCCCUAGAUGCCUUGUCUUGCGAGAACCAUGAAAUAAAGAAGAUGCUAUGCCCUCUCUGCCGUGGCCAGAUAAAUGAUUGGAUUGUUGUAGACUCUGCCCGCUGUCACAUGAAUGCUAAAUUAAGAAGCUGCUCUAGCGAGACAUGCGAGUUCAGUGGCACAUAUACAGAUUUGCGUAAGCAUGCUAGGCAGGAGCAUCCUCUUGUACGUCCUACAGAAGCUGACCCAGAGAGGCAGCGCAGUUGGAGGAGGCUGGAACGACAGAGAGAUUUAGGAGAUUUGCUCAGUACAUUGCAGUCAUCUGUUUCAGAAGAGGGUAGUGAAAGCACCAGUUUAACCUUCGAUGAAGGUGGUUUGCUGACUGUUUUUCUCUUUGUUCGGAUUCUCCAACCUAGGAGUAAUUCUCGGAGUAGUAGCUGGUCAGGUUCCUCAAGAACUCGGGCUCAGGCAACUGGGAGGAGACGACCUUCAAGAAGACUUUGGGGUGAAACCUAUGAAGGGGAAAUUGAUACUAGAGAAGACGAGAAUGAAGACUCUGACGGAGGGUCAGGUCCCCGGAGACGCCUGCGUCGACAACCAACACCAGAAAAUUAGUUCUGGCUGCAAACAUGUGUUUGCUUGCUGUUCCUUUUGAAUGUUACCGCUGUAGGUGGAGGGUACCUCGUGGUCCAAAAUAUGUUGUGCUGAAGCUCUGGGGAAUCGAUUCUUGGAUACAAGAUUCAGGAGUGGAAAUGGAGGAUUGUGUUUGGUUAGUAGUAUAACUUGUAUACAUGUCUUUCUUGAUGAAAUCUCAUCUCAGCCUGUGUGCUAUGCAAAUGCUUUAAAUCUAUUUUUUACUUGAAUUGAUAAAGUUGGAAAGCAAUUUGCUAGUUUUGCUUCUUGUCUUAUGAAUAAACCCCAAUACUGCAAGCAAAAUAUUAU